AUGGUUCUACUAGCGGGUGUACAUGUUAAUUUGCCAAGUAUUUUUGUUCAUCAUAGUGAAAAAUUAUGGGGUAAUGAUGCAAAGGAAUUUAACCCAAAGAGAUUUUCACAAGGAAUUUUGAUGGCCACAAAAGAAAAUAAUAUGUGUUUCUUUGCAUUUGGAUGGGGCCCUCGUAUAUGCAUUGGAUCGAAUUUUGCGAUGAUGGAAGCUAAAUUGGCAUUGGCAAUGAUUUUGCAACGAUUCUCCUUUGAGCUCUCUCCAUCUUAUGUUCAUGCUCCUACUAUAGGUUUUGGAACUCUUCGUCCUCAAUUUGGUGCUAACUUAAUUUUACAUCGUAUAUGUUGUCAUUAG